AUGGAGACAAACGGCACUCCCAAAUCCGCCACAACAGGACCUUGGACGCCGUCCAGCUGGAAGACCAGACCCAUCGUGCAGUCGGUCCAGUACAGCGACCUCAAGGCUUUCGAUGCCUCGAUCCACAAACUCAACACACUGCCGCCCUUGGUCACGCCGCAAGAGAUUGUGAAAUUGAAGAACGAACUCGGCGAGGUCGCGAGGGGCAAUGCCUUUUUGCUCCAGGGAGGCGACUGUGCCGAGUUGUUCGACUACUGCACGCAAGAGAUGAUCGAGGCCAAGGUCAAACUGCUCCUGCAGAUGUCGCUGGUCCUGAUCUACGGCGCCAAGAAGAAGGUCGUCCGCGUGGCCCGCAUGGCCGGCCAGUAUGCGAAACCGCGCUCGUCCCCCACGGAGAUGGUCAACGGGGUCUCGAUGCCCAGCUUUCGGGGGGACAUCCUGAACAGCUACGAGGCGGACCCGGUCCUGCGGGAACCCGACCCCAAGAGACUGGUGGACGCGUACUUCCACUCGGCCGCGACGCAGAACUACCUCCGCGCGGCCCUGGCGAGCGGCCUCGCCGACCUCCACGCGCCCCUCGACUGGAGUUUAGGCCACGUCCGCGAUCCCACCGUGCGGGACAAGUACCAGGUCAUCGUGGAGCGCAUCACCGACACGCUGGACAUGAUGCGCACGAUCGGGCUGGACACGGGCGGCGGGUUGGAGACGGUCGACCUGUUCACCUCGCACGAGGGGUUGCUGCUGGAAUACGAACAGUCGCUGACUCGGAAAUUCAAACACCCAUCAAACUACCACCAACCCGCCCAACAUCGCCCUUCCUCACCUGUCACCAACCGCCAAACCAUCCAAUCCAAGACCCGCAAAACGUCCUUGCCAACCCAGCUCCCACCUCCCCUGCCACCCACAAAGGGCUACUACGACACCUCAGCCCACAUGCUCUGGAUCGGCGACCGCACACGGCAACUCACACACUCGCACGUCGAGUUUUUCAGAGGCAUCGCCAAUCCGAUCGGCGUCAAAGUCGGUCCCAGCAUGCCCGCAUCAGACCUGGUGCCGUUACUGGAUAUCCUCAACCCGGAGCACGAGGUCGGCAAAAUCGUCCUGAUCACCCGCUACGGCUGCGACAAGAUCGCCACCCACCUCCCAGCGCACAUCCGCGCGGUGCAACAAUCCCCCCAUCAGGGCACCGUGGUAUGGCAAUGCGACCCGAUGCACGGCAACGGGCGCAACGCCACAGUCCCCGACUCCUCCUCCUCCUCUUCUAACACAACCACAAUAAAAACGCGCCGCUUCUCCGACAUCCUCUCCGAACUCCACCAAGCCCUGCAAAUCCACCGCGCCGAGCACUCGUACCUGGGCGGCGUGCACCUCGAGCUGACAGGCGAGGCCGUCACCGAGUGUCUGGGCGGCAGCGAGGGUCUGACCGAGGAGCACCUCAGCCUCAACUACGCGACCUUUUGUGACCCGAGACUCAACGAGAAGCAGGCCCUCGAAUUGGCGUUUCUGGUUGCCGGGUUCUAUAGGGAGUAA